AUGGCGACUGGAAAUCCUAUGGAUAAUAUGAAAUCCACAUGGCGCACAUGGGACCGAGACCAGUGGAGACUACCACACAAGAUCUUCGAGCAUGCCAAUGUAUAUCAUGUUGAGCUCAACAGGGAUGUUCCGAUCCAUCCCAAAGAAGACAAAAUACCAUACGUAUCCGACUGGUCGUUAAAUCGCUGGGUUCUUGUCAAUUCAGGAGUUCCAAUUCUGGUCCAUCAGCUUUUUACCUACUUCACCGGAUACAACUUCCACCCGAUCAUCGCCUUCUUCCACUACUACUAUGCCUCAAGGCUGUUCACGACACGCGAGCUGCGGAUUCUCCGAGAACUCGGCCAUACCCAGGCCCUGGCCUCGGUUCUGCUGGCCGGGUUUGUGCGCUCACUGAUGACAGUAUGGCUCACCUACGAUGCAGACAAAGCACCCGUCUCACUUAGCUGGGCUUGGCUGCCCCUCGAGAUCAGUCUUUACGGCGUCAUUCUUGAUUUUUGGUUCUAUUGGUACCACCGUGUCAUGCAUGAUGUGAACGGUCUCUGGAAGUUCCAUCGCACCCACCACCUCACGAAACACCCGAACCCGCUGCUUACAAUCUAUGCUGACUCGGAGCAAGAAUUCUUCGACAUUGCGGGUAUUCCGUUGAUGACAUGGUUUACAAUGAAAUUCAUGGGCAUGCCGAUGGGAUUCUACGAAUGGCACGUUUGUCAAAUGUACGUUAUAUUUGCAGAGCUGGCCGGGCACAGUGGUCUCCGUCUCCACGCAUCGCCGCCCAACCCCUUGACAUGGUUGAUGCGGAUGUUUGAUGCUGAGUUGGUCAUUGAAGACCAUGAUCUGCAUCACCGCCGGGGAUGGAAGAAGAGCCAUAACUAUGGCAAACAAACACGGGUGUGGGAUCGGCUCUUUGGAACAUGCAGUCCCCGUAUCGAGAGUGUGGAUGCAAAUAUUGAUUAUGAUAACCCUGUUGACAUGCCAAUUUUGUGA